AUGAAGCGCCUGUCCGCCUUCGUCGAUCGUCAGAGACAGGCCCCGGCCUCGGCAGCGACUCUACUGGAUCCCCGGUGCCGCCACCUCCGCUCGUCUUGGCCUCCGGUGGCUCGGAGGCGGUUUCCUUGGAAGCCUCUAGUCAGCCAGCAACUUCCACGUCGGCCACCCGGCGUGGGCGGGAGGGAGCGGCCGCGCCGCGACUGCGCGACGGAGGGCGGCGGCCUGUGCGUCCGCGUCGUUGCUUUCGACGCAGUUAACCAGGGACGCGAGUCGGGCUUCCUUAAGCAGCGCCACUGGACGCGCGCGCCGACUGCGGCGGCGUCGCAAGAGCUGCUGGUCCUGAAGCGCCCGGCGGGGGCGCCUCCACGGGGCCUAGGACUAGGUGCUUUCUCCGAUGAUGAGGCAUUGGGACGUGGUAAUAAUAAUAGGGGAUCCCCUCUGCCACCGAUGCGCCGCAGCCUUAGACCUAAGCCGCCGACUGCAAUCUUUGGCGUCGCCGUGCCCUGCACGGUCAGCUUUAGAAGCCCUGCCCCCUUUCGUCCACCUGACUGCACACCUGGCCGCCCCUCCGUGAUUGGCAGCGUGGACGGGCCCGGCCCGAUCCUGGGGAUUUGGGCUUCUGUCGAACAAGAUAGGCUGGGCCAAGCAUUUGAAGAUGCUUUUGACGUACUGAGGCAACAUUCAGCUGGAGAUCUUCAGUACCCUCCAGAUUGCAAAGACUACGUGAAUGUCAUCAACCACUGUUCUCAUGUCAUAGGAAGUCCCAGCUACUAUGGUUUGCUUCCUUCAGAGCAACCUGUCUAUAACUGGAAAACAGUGAUAAACCAUCCUGUGGACCUCCGUCUUGAAGGGAAUAUUCAUCCAUCUCUGCAGAACAUCCCUGAAAACCAUGUGGUACAAUAUCCUGUUCUCCAGCAAAAGGGAGGAAAAGGCAGAAAGAAGCUCCGACUGUUCGAAUACCUUCAUGAAUCUCUGUGUAAUCCUGAGAUGGCAUCUUGUAUUCAGUGGGUUGAUAAAACCAAAGGCAUCUUUCAGUUUGUAUCAAAAAACAAAGAAAAACUUGCCCAACUUUGGGGCAAAAGAAAAGGCAACCGGAAGACCAUGACUUACCAGAAAAUGGCCAGAGCCCUGAGGAAUUAUGGAAGAACUGGAGAAAUCACCAAAAUCCGGAGAAAACUAACUUACCAAUUCAAUGAGGCCAUUCUCCAAAGACUCUCUCCAUCUUAUUUCUUGGAAAAAGAGAUCUACUCACAGUAUGUUCAACCUGGUCAAGGAUAUCUAAGUUUAAAUAGCUGGAAUGCAAAUUGUAACUAUACAUAUGCCAAUUACUAUGAGUUGAGUUACCCUAAUUGCUAA